CGCAUCGAUGCAGAGCGCACUUGGCUGUAGGUGAGCGAUUUUCGUCUGUCUUUUCCUAUUUAGCUAUGAAUGUUAUAAGAAAAUAAAAUGUGAAGUUGGGGGACCAAAGACGAAGUCUUCUAGACGCUUACAACAGAAACUUCCACAUCAACGGUUAUCUUGAAUUGAACCUGGGAUUAAUUCGUCAGAGUACCAAAUUCAUGUCUGAAUGGAUGUCGCCCGACUGUUCGUGCUUCAAGAUGGAAUAACAGACGGCAUAUUAUUGAAAUACAGCGAAGGAAAUUGACCGCCACUCCAAUGUUACAGACAUGCACUUCAUGUGGGAUUUCUUUGUACUUUAAAGUUGUUUUGGCAAAUGUAAGGAUUGUGCCGCGUAAAUUCGCACAUAAAAUAGUUGAAUAAUUGCACCGUGUAAGCAGCGGCUGAUGGAUCCAUUAUCACUGCUUAGACGAGGCUCUGACAAUCACCAAAUAUGACGUUGGGAGUGACAAGUAACGGGACUUACUGACGGGUGGAUACAGGCACCUUCCUCUGCAUUCAGCAUCGGGACGCCCUCGAGUCAGAUAUGGAUUUUCUGGCGUCGUUUGACGUCGCUUUGGAACUACAGACAAUGUUUCGAGGUAGUCCGGUGUUUCCUUCUUAGACAACCCUCUGACGUUCGCAGUGUAGAAGUGAAUUUGUGUUAAGCGGCCGAAAGCAAUGCAUUCGAGGGGGUCGUCCGCGAAAGCACAAAAUAAUCAUUUGAAAGCGCCCAUGCAAGUUGCCAUGGUCUCGGUCAGCUACAUCAUACUCUUUCUCGCGCUCCCCGAGAGCGGGACAGCCUCUCAGUGUAGGGACCGUGCCUGCAGUCCCCCGAUGGGGAACCUGGCGACAGGCAGAAAGCUACACACUCUGACCAACAGAAGUGGACCCUCCCCUCUCUGCCCUGCCCUCCACCACCUCUGCCAUGUGCCACACCCCCCUGCUCACAUGACUGAUGACCCCUUCCUGCACCCUGGCACCUGGUGGGCGUCAGAGGUGGGUGUGGAAGAGGAGGAGAUCCGCCUGGAUCUGGAGACCCAGUUUUACCUGACUCACGUCGUGUUGCUGUUCCGCUCACCCCGCCCUGCAGCUAUGAUGCUGGAGCGGUCACUCGACUUUGCUAAAACCUGGGAGCCCCUCAAGUUCUUUGCCAAAAAUUGCAGCCGGACCUUCAGUCUCCUCGAUGACGUGAGCCAGCCAGGUGCGCCAUGCACCUCCCGCUACUCCAGCGCCACACCCUGCAGUGAGGGAGAGGUGAUCUUUCGUAAAAUGGGUCCCAGCAGUGGAAUGGACAACCCUUACAGCCCAGAGGCCCUUGCCCUGCUUACUGUCACCAAUCUACGAAUCCGCCUGCUGGGCACGCAGUCCUGCCCCUCCCCUGUUGUCCCAAGCCACCCUAAUCUCGCUUUCCUCACUCGGGUUCUUCCUACACCCACCCCCAUAACUCCAAACAUCCCGAGGCCUUCUAGCAUUGCUCCAAAUCUCCCUAGACCCUCGACUGCUGAAAUGGCAUCUUUUUCCAUCUACACCCUGCUGGCACAGGGAACCUGCCUUUGCCAUGGCCACGCAGAGCAGUGUCUUCCCCAUCCAGCACACAGUGACACACUACACCAGGGCAAGAUGGUGCAGGGCAGGUGCAUGUGUUUGCACCACACAGCAGGGGAGCACUGUGAGAAGUGUGCCCCGCUCUUCAACGACCGGCCUUGGCGUCCUGCCAACGGCAGCAGCGGAGAGCCCCACCCCUGCCAGAAGUGUGAGUGUCACGGCCACGCAGACAGCUGUCACUUCUCCCUGCGGGUAUGGAAGUCCUCAGGGGGGACCAGCGGGGGUGUGUGCGACAACUGCCGCCACAACACAGAGGGACGCAGGUGUCAACGCUGUUGCCCAGGCUAUCACCGAAACCCAGCCGCAUCCCAGAACUCUCCCCACGUCUGCACACGAUGCUGGUGUGACCCUCAGGGCUCCAUGCCAGCGCGGGGCAAGGGUGAGGGUCUGUGGUGCCAUCCUCGUAGCGGGCACUGCCAGUGCAGGCCGGGGGUUGGUGGCACGAGCUGCAGUCACUGCCUACCUGGACACUGGGGCUUUGGGGAGGAGGGUUGCAGGCCCUGUAUGUGUCCCCAGAACUGUGACCCCAUAACAGGACGCUGUCAGGAGAAAGAUCCCCAUGCAGUGGUCUACAUUCCGAUUGGAGGCAAGAUCCCUGACAUCACACACAUCCUGUCCAAUGACAAUGAGAGGGUGUGGUCAGAGGAACUUCCCGUCUCUGCCCUUCACGGAGGCAAAUGCAGCUGCAAGGAGAAAAAGCUCAGAACCAUCUCUGAUCUCUGCAAGAUGAAGUAUGCCUACGUGAUCAAGGCCAGCGUUCUUUCAGCCCAUGAUAAGGGGAGUCAUGCUGAGGUGUGGGUGAAGGUACGCAAGGUCCUGCGAUCAGGACAGGUAGCAUUAUCCCAGGGCACUCACACCCUGUACCCCCUGUCCUGGACGAGCCGAGGCUGCACUUGUCCUGUCCUCAACCCAGGUAUGGAGUACCUACUGGCUGGACCGGAGGAGGCGGAGUCAGGACGCUUGCUGGUGACCGUGCAGAGUGUUGUGGUGCCCUGGACACCCUGGCUGGGUGGUCAAGUGACUGAGGGACUACGCCAGGGCUGCCCCUGACCCCACCGAUCCCCCAUCCCCACACACAGAAACAAAGGAGUCUGUGCCUCUGACUCACCUGAGCUGCCGGAAUGCAGAUGGACACUCUGCAUAACAGCAACUGCAGGCCAGGCAAAGGAUACCUGGACCAAGGGACCCACUCCCAUAUUCCCCAUGGCAACAGGUCACAGGUGAAAGGUCACUUCGGACCACCACUUGAUGGAUGGAACAUAUCAUAUAAAUGUAAGUGUAACAAGGUUCGUUGAAGUGAAGUGACUAAACUUGGGCAAACAAGCUCUGGAAGGCCAUAUCUCAUGGCAGAACACCCAUUUCCCCUGGCUGGCGCUUUGGCUAGGACAGGUAAAUCCCUGUGCAUGACCCCACGUGUUUCAUCUAAUCAGCGGGCUUCCCACACGUCAAGUGCCACAGUCCCAUCAACAGUCAACUGAGAGUGGGACAUCUCAGCCCUCAACUACUGCCAACAGCGAUGUUACAUUA